AAGUCCUGCAGCCGAGCGGAAGAAGUGCGGCAUUGCGGCCGUUGUCAGGGAGACCGGAGUGAGCCGGAGCUCCGGGGCCCCCCGCAGCUUCUCGGAGCCCCCGCCGGGAUCCGCCGUUCCCAGCCAUGUUGACGCUGCCGCCGGGGCUGACGGAGGAGGAGGAGGCCCUACAGAAGCGUUUCGCCAAACUGCGCAAAAAGAAAAAGGCGCUGCUGGCGCUGAAGAAGCAGCAGAGCAACACUGGGCCCAGCAGCCAGGGGGGCAUCAAGCGCUCCAUGUCAGACCAGCCCCCGGUGGACACCGCCACGGCCACCGAGCAGGCCAAGCUGCUGGUGAAAUCCGGUGCCAUCAGUGCCAUCAAGGCCGAGACCAAGAACUCGGGCUUCAAACGCUCCCGGACGCUGGAGGGGAAGCUGAAGGACCCCGAGAAGGGCCCAGCCCCCACCUUCCAGCCCUUCCAGCGCAGCGUUUCGGCUGACGAUGACACCCCUGAGUCACGGCGACCCCAGAGAAAAUCACUCUAUGAGAGCUUUGUCAGUGCCAGCGAGCGCCUGCGAGAGCCCGAAGCCGGGGGGGGACGUGGGGACCCCCCUGAGCGGGGAGAGCGUGAGCGCCGCUUGGACUGGGAGCAGGAGCCGGAGCCGGAGGAGCGGGGCGGCCGCGAGCGCGAGGCGGCUUUCAGGCGUUCCGACUCGUUCCCUGAGCGCCCCUCCCCGCGGAAGGGCAACACGCUGUACGUGCACGGAGCCGAGCUGAGCCCCGAGCUGCUGCGCAGCGCCUUCGCGCCCUUCGGAGCCAUCAUCGACCUCUCGCUGGACAGCCCGCGCAACUGCGCCUUCGUCACCUACGAGAAGAUGGAAUCGGCCGACCAGGCCAUGGCCGAGCUGAACGGCGCCGUGGUGCAGGACGUGCAGCUCCGUGUCAGCAUCGCCCGCAAACAGCCGCUGCUCGACGCUGCCACCGGGAAAUCGCUGUGGGGAUCCCUGGCGGUGAAGAACAGCGCGAAGGGCUCCCACCGCGACAAGCGGGCGCAGGUGGUGUACAAUGAGGAUCUCUUCGGGGGGCAAUAAAGGUUUACUGCACACUG